AUGCAGCUUCGCAGUCGGAAUGAAAGGAAUCGCGAAUUUGUGAUUCAACGCCAACUUAUUGUAAGGGUGCUGGAACAACUACAAAAUAAUCGUCGACAGACACUCCUAAACACGUCGAGCAUCUGCAAGCAAAUGAUUUUAGCCGGGCUGAAGCCGUCUGAAUUCGGGUUCGAUAGUGCGGAAGCAUCAGAUAUCGAGAGCUCUAUGAAGUCUUACCACUCUGAUCUAUCUUGGUAUGAAGCAUUUUUUUCUCAAAAGUCGCCAACGCGGCAGAAAGUGGAGUCUCACGACUUCGGAGAUACACAAUGGGAACAAGGUAUGGUUCAUACGAGCGCCAUAGAGCUAACGCAUUCAGAUUUUCUCAAGAUACUUCAGGAGUUGGAGAAUUCAGAGAACAGCUCAUAG